CCCAUCCUCCUCCCUAAAUCUCUUCUGUCCAUCUCUCUACGCCUCCCUUCUUCCUUGUGUCCCAGAAAACUCAGAAAUCUGCUCACAGGGAUCUGCACUCAAUAGAGUGAUAAAGGAGAAAAGGAGGGAGGAGAGAAAGAGAGAAACUGAGGGAAAGAGCUAAAUAUUUUCUUGGGAAUAAAGCCCACCUGUAUACAGCCGGCAGCAGCCAUAACAGGCUCACUCACAGGAAGUGACUAUGAGAUCUUUGGUCCUUUUACUUUUACCUUUGGUCCUUAUUUUGGUAACUGAAGUGAGUGGUCAGAGACGUAAACCUCGUCCCACAGUAGUACGCCCAACUAAGAGGCCAACCCCACCUGCACGAGAACCUGUGGAACCCACAGAUCUGCCCCCUCCACUUCCACCUGGACCUCCAUCAGUUUUUCCAGACUGUCCUCGGGAGUGCUACUGCCCUGCAGAUUUCCCUUCAACAAUUUACUGUGACAGUCGCAACUUGCGCAAAGUUCCAAAUCUCCCUUCUCGUGCCAGGUAUGUUUACCUGCAAAAUAACUUCAUUGAUGAUCUAGCAGAGGAUGCUUUCAAGAAUGCCACUGAGGUUCAGUGGAUCAACCUCGACAACAACCGCAUUAAGAAAGUAGACAAAAAAAUCCUUGAGAAGAUGGAAAAUCUGACCUAUUUAUAUAUGGAAAAGAACCAGCUAAAGGAGUUACCAUCUUAUCUGCCUCCACGGCUAGAGCAACUUCGUCUCAGCCGCAAUCAGAUCUCGAAAAUACCUUCUGGAAUUUUCAGUAAAAUGGACCACUUGAUUUUGCUGGACUUGCAUCACAACAAGCUAAGUGAUGGGGUCUUUAACAAAAAUACAUUUAAGGGUCUGAAAAACCUUAUUCAGCUAAAUUUGGCUCACAAUAUUCUGCGGAAAAUGCCUCCCACUGUGCCAGAGACUGUGAAUCAGCUAUUUCUUGACAGAAAUAAUAUAGAAGACAUUCCCUCUGAUUACUUUAAAGAUCUGCACAAUCUAUCUUUCUUAAGGCUCAAUUACAACCAAUUGUCUGAAAAAGGUCUUCCUAAAAACAUUUUCAAUAUUUCCAGCCUCUUGGUCCUUCAACUAUCCCAUAACAAGUUUACAGUGGUCCCAUCCAUUAGCCCAAAACUGGAGCACCUCUACCUGAAUGACAACAUCAUUGAAAAAAUCAAUGGCACCGAACUAUGCCCACUUCCAUUUGCACCAGCUGAUUUCAUGUCAUCUGAUUUUUCCUUUGUCCCACGCCUUCGAUAUCUGAGACUGGAUGGAAACCAGCUGAAACCCCCAAUACCACUGGAUGUUAUCAUGUGCUUCCGACUGUUGCAAUCUGUGGUUAUAUGAGUAAUUAUAUGCACUACUAAUAAACAUUUCUAAUGCAGUAUUUUACCAACACACAUAUGCACUGUAGUUUUCUUACACUUCUUACUAUUAACACAUUGCUAGUAUAUCUGUACUUGUGUUGUUAUUCUAGCAGUACCAAUUUACCAUAAUAUAUAGCCUAACACAAGUGGAACAAUUAAAAAAAAAAAAAAAAAACACUGCAAGAUACUGUAUAAAUUACUAUACUGUACAUCUGUGGGUGUGCAGGUUAGUGCUUUAUAGAUGUAUAGAUGUCAUUAUAUCAUAAUAAUAAUAAUAAUAAUAAUAAUAAUAUCUAUAUUUCCCCCAUGCCAAACGUAGAUAUUUUAUCAAUAAAACUGUAAUUUUAAAGCCAGAUGUUCCUGAAUAGAAAGGUGUCCUGUACUGUAUGUGCAAUGAUUUCGCAUAGACUUUGGAAAUGCAGCUGUGUUCAAAUAUAUGACUGAUCAAGUUGAUAUAUUAAGAAAAAAUGCCUUGAAGUAAGCACUAGAUUUUCGACUAUACUACAUACUAGAUUUUCGACUAUACUACAUAUACGGGUGUACCUUACCGACGCCGGGGUCCCGGCAGCAUACCGACGCCAGGAUCCCGGCGGGGAGGGGCGAGUGCAGCAAGCCCCUUGCGGGCUCGGUGGCGACCUGCGGUCGCCACGGGUUCUAUUCCCACUCUAUGGGUGUCGUGGACACCCACGAGUGGAAAUAGUCCCUGUUGGUCGGCAUGCCGACCAUCGGGAUAGUGAGCCUUCGGGAUGGUGGGGUAGGUCAUGUGACUGUCGGUCAGCUGACCGCCGGUCACAUGAAUAGCACCCCUACAUACUACACUUAUUACUUUAACACUAUAUUAUAGUCAUUGGAAUUAUAUUUUAUAAUGAUGUGAAUAUAUAUAAAUAUAUAUAUAUAUAUAUAUAUAUAUAUAUAUAUAUAUAUAUAUAUAUAAA